AUGCCUCUCACGGUGCUGGGGAACCAGGAUGUCACCCGCAUCCUACACUCGCUCAACAAGGACGACAUAUUGGAAGUGCAACAGUCCCUGGCAGAUGCGCUGCACUGGUACUCGACCUCAGCUGACGAAAAUGAUUUCUGCUCCGACUUUCAACCUGAACGGACACAGCUCAAGCGGAAAGAUGGCUCGACGACCUUGUUCAUGCCGGCUAGCGGCUUGUAUGGACAGGGCGUCAAGGUCUUGAACAUCACGAGCCCAGAUGAUGCCAGGGGCCUGCCUGCUCUUGCCGAGAACAUGAGCCUCAGCUCCGAUGGCGACUCUAAGAGCUUCAUUAGCUCUACCAGACGACAGGACUCUAUGGCUAGCACUAACACCAACUCUCCAAAUUCGUCACUCCACGCCACGACCUCUCCUGAAAGUGAUCGCAGCCUCAAAGCACCGCUUCAGUCUGAGAACAGUGCUGUAGCCACCGUCAAAGGCACCCUUACUCUACUAGACAAUGAGGGCAAUACCACAGGUUUGAUCGAUGCCGAGGAACUGACUGCUUUCCGGGCUGCCUUGGCCUCGACGAUGCUGUUGAAGAAGCGGCAUUCGGUCCACGAUUUGACAGUAUUUGGUGCUGGCCGACAAGCCUAUUGGCACAUUCGACUAGCCUUACUGUUGCGAGGACCAGAGAUCCACCACCUCAACAUCGUCACAAGAAACUUCGAGAGCGCCCGCCAAUGCAUCAUGCGAAUCUACAACCCUCAGCUCGAUGACCCAAACUUCGUCGACCACAUUGGCCAAAGGUACAACAGCAAGACGAAAGUCAACCUCCUCACACCAAUGCACACAGAGUACCAGCGCCUGCUGAAAGAAUACGUCCGCGCCAGCAACAUCAUCUUCUGCUGCACUCCAUCAACCUCUCCCUUAUUCCCAGCCACAUACCUCACCAACCCCGAAGGUCGAAAGAAAGGACGCUACAUCGCCUGCAUCGGCUCCUUCAAGCCGCACAUGGUCGAACUCCAUCCCGACAUUCUCAAAUACGCCGUGGCACCCCACCACGAACAAAAGCACAUCCACAAGCGGCAGAAGGAAGGUGGUGCCAUACUGGUUGACACAGUCACGGGUUGUCUUAAGGAGGCAGGUGAAGUCGUGCAAGCCAAGCUUACUCCAGAUCAAGCAGUAGAAUUGGGAGAGCUACUCAUGUUGAAGAAGGACGCGGAGCAACGAUCUCAUAGUAAGGGGGAGAAGUCGGAGGAAGGGUGUCAUUUGCAGGACAAUAGUGGUCUGAAGGAGUGGUUGACUAGGGGUGAUGUGAUUUAUAAGUCUGUUGGCUUAGGGUUGAUGGAUGUGGUCGUGGGUAAUGAGCUGUUAGGGUUGGCGUGGAGUAGAGGCAUCGGGACGAGGAUUGAGAACUUCUGA